AUGAAGUACGUUCUGGUCUCUGGAGGUGUGAUCUCCGGUGUGGGAAAGGGCAUUAUCGCCUCCAGCUGUGGUCUGCUCUUUAAGACUGCGGGGUUGACCGUGUCCACGAUCAAGAUCGAUCCCUACUUGAACAUCGAUGCGGGUCUUAUGAACCCUCUAGAACACGGUGAAGUGUUCGUUUGCGACGAUGGUGCCGAAACCGAUCUCGAUCUCGGAAACUAUGAACGUUAUCUGGGUGUGACGCUGGGAGGUGACAACAACAUCACGACGGGAAAGAUCUACCACCACGUCAUCACGAAAGAGCGUCGUGGCGAUUACCUUGGAAAGACAGUCCAAAUCGUGCCGCACCUUACCAACGAGAUCCAAAACUGGGUUGAGCGAGUUGCUCGGAUUGCGGUGGACGAGUCUGGACGGGAACCUGACGUUUGCAUCAUCGAAUUGGGUGGAACCGUCGGUGAUAUCGAGAGUGCGCCUUUCGUCGAGGCCAUGUCCCAGCUUCAGCGACGCGCAGGAAAGGACAACUUCCUGCAGAUCCAAGUCAGCUACGUUCCUUUGAUCGGAUCGGAGCAGAAGACGAAGCCUACCCAAAGAGCCAUCAGCGAUGUGCGAAGUGCUGGUCUCCGGCCGGAUCUGAUUGCCUGCCGUUGCGAAACGCCCUUGGAAGAGGCUACCAUCCAAAAGAUUGCCAACUCUUGCCAGGUGGAACGGGAUCAGGUUGUCGGAGUCCACAACGUGUCGACUACCUACCAGGUUCCCAUUCUCCUUGAGAAGCAGGGAUUCCUCUACACCAUCAGCCAACUCCUUAAGAUCGAUGCCAUCCCGAAGGAGCCGAAACUCCUGGAAUACGGCAAGGUCAUCUGGCAGGAAUGGCAGGGUCUGGCUCUCAGCCAGGAUCACGUGUUCGAGACCGUCACGAUCGCCCUGGUUGGCAAGUACACCAGUCUGCAUGACUCCUACAUGAGUGUGAGCAAGGCGCUGGAACACGCUGCCAUGCACUGCCGACGGAAGCUGCAGCUCAUCUGGGUCGAAUCGACCAACCUGGAAGAGGAACACCGAAUCAACAAGCCGGGAGAGUACUACACCGCCUGGCACCACCUCACAACCGCCAACGGUAUCCUUGUACCGGGUGGUUUCGGUGAGCGAGGCACGGAAGGAAUGAUCAAGAGUGCCCAGUGGGCCCGUGCCAACAACGUCCCUUACCUGGGUAUCUGCCUGGGUAUGCAGUUGGCCGUCGUCGAAUUUGCCCGCAACGUCUGCGGCAUGGACAAGGCCGGCAGCGCCGAGUUCAACGAACAAUGCGAACAGCCCGUCAUCGUGUACAUGCCCGAAAUCGACAAGUCGAAAAUGGGCGGCACCAUGCGUCUCGGCAAGCGCGCCACCAUCUUCCAGGAGGGCUCCGAAUGGUCGCGUCUACGAAAGCUGUACGGCGAGAAGCAGGAGGUUUGGGAGCGCCACCGUCACCGCUACGAGGUCAACCCCGCGCUCAUCGAGAAGCUCGAGGCCGGCGGUCUUUCGUUCAUCGGCAAGGACGAGGCCGGCGAGCGGAUGGAGAUCAUCGAGCUGAAGGACCACAAGUGGUACGUCGGUGUCCAGUUCCAUCCCGAAUACCUGUCCCGUGUCUUGGCUCCCAGCAAGACCUUCCUCGGUUUCUUCGCCGCCGCUGCCGGCUGCCUCGAGCCCAUCACGGAGGUCUUCAAGGACCGUCACGACCUUAGCCAUCAGCAAUUGAAGCUGCCUGUAGUUUAGAUGUGCUGGUAAAAGGCACUUAGAGUGGUUGGUUUUGUUGCUCACGCGUGGCGUUUCUGUCGUCUUUCUGUGUGGUUUUGGGUGUUUUAGAGUAGAAAACGAAAAUAAUCUAGCAUGACACGAAAGUAUUGGGAUAAAGGUAUAUACAUACUAUAUAUAACAAUGGCUUUUCUUACACUUCCAUUC